UUUUCAUAAUGAUUCUCGAUUCAUACAACAACAAUAAUCAUAAUAAUAAGAAUUCAACAAUUAAAACAAAAUUAUUAUCAACAACAACAACAACAAUUGAUGCUACCACCACUGUUGAUUCUACAAAUUUACGCAAUCAUCGAUUAGUGAAAAAAGAUUUGAAAAAUUUAAUUAAUACAAAUAAAUUUCAAUCAUUAUCAUCAAAUAUUUUCAAUUCGAAAUUGAUUACGACAAAUAAUAAAUCAAUUAUUAACGAAGACGACGUUGACGUUGAUGAAAAUAUGAUGGAUAAAACAACAACAUCAUCAUCAUCAUCAUCUUCAGCUACAUCGUCCGAUGGUGAAGAAAUGGUAUCCGGAGAUAAUACGGUUUCAAACACGUUAAAGAAUUCACCAGAUUCUCAUGAUGUGCAAACACCACCAACACCGCAACAACAAUCACAACAACAACAACAACAAAAACAAACAAAACCACCAAUAGAAUCGGGCAAAAUGUCCAGUGAUCAUCAUCAAAAUAAUCAUCAUCAUCAUCAUAAAAAUGAUUCAAAUUUAGCUGAUCUAAUCAAACGAUUAAAAUGUCAAAUAACGCAGCUACAGGAUCUGGUAACACAGAAAGAUAAAAAAAUAAUUGAUCUCAAUGAAAAACUUGAUCAACAAAGUGAUUAUGAUGAUAUAAAACGUGAAUUAUCAAUGGUUCGUAAUGAACUAAGUCAUUUUGGACCAAUGGUUACAUUGGAUCCAAUCACCUCAAUUACGACUGCUGAUGAUGACGAUGAUGAUAUUGAUAAUAAUGAUAAUCAGAAUGAUAUCGAUGAUAAUGAUAGACCAUUAUCACCAACCACAAUUAUCACGACAGAUUCAGAUAUAAAAAAUCUGAAUAAUUCAAAUAACAAUCAUAAUCAACGAAAUUCUCAUCAUCAACAUCAUCAUCAUCAUAAUCAACAUCAAACAUCUCCUCCAACAACCACAUCAUCAAUGUUUAAUCCAUUUAAUUUUCCACCAUUACAAAGUCUUGGUAAUGUUGAAUCAUUUGGUUCAUUAUUAGGUGAAGAGAUUGCCAAUUCAUAUGCAAAAGUAAUGGCAGCCGCUGCUAUUGCAUCAUCAAAUUCUUCAUCAAGCAAUAAUAAUCAUCAUAGUAAUAAUAAUAAUAACAAUAAAACGAAUCAUUCAUCAUCAAGUCAUUGUAGCAAUCAUUCUAAUAAUAAUAAUAAUAAUAAUAAUAAUAAUGGCAAUAAUAAUAAUAACCCUGUUGAUUCACCAUCACAAUUAUUAAAUGGUGAUAUUGGAAGUAGUGGUGGUGGUGGUAACGAAACAUUAGAAUUGGAUAAAUCAAAUGUCGAAAGUGCAUCAACAACACCGACAGCUAGUGCAAUGAUAUGUUCAAUGGAUGGGGCCGAACCAUUGACACAUAGCCCAUUAGGAGCGACUACCGUAACCGAAUUGGGCCUUAUACCAAAUAAUUAUUCACAUAAUAUAUUCUAUGAUAAAUUACAACAUCAAUUACGAUGUAAUGUAGAAAAAUAUAUGAAUGAAACAUUGAAUACGUUGCAAAUAUCUCGUUAUGUACGAGAAUUAUUAUCCGUACAUAAUAUUGGACAACGAUUAUUUGCCAAAUAUGUUCUUGGCCUUUCACAAGGUACCGUUAGUGAACUUUUAUCCAAACCAAAACCAUGGGAUAAAUUAACAGAAAAAGGACGUGAUUCAUAUCGAAAAAUGCAUGCAUGGUCAACUGAUGAUCGUUGUAUUAAUCUGCUCAAAAUGAUGGUACCACGUAAAGAAUAUGGUUCUUAUCUAGGAAAAGAUUCGAAUAGCUAUAAUAAACAGGACGAAACAAGUGGCGCUGAAGAACGUAUUGCACAGAUUCUUAGCGAAGCUCAACGAUCAAUGAAAGGCGUAACACCAUUAAAUCGUCAGGAACUUUUAGCGCAAUCAUUCAUCAAUGGCGAUAGUAUUGCUGCAUCGAUGGCCGCAACAGCUAAAUCUAUGGCCGAUCUAAAAGAUCUAAAAAAUACGGUCAAUGAUACUAUUAGCGAUAAUGGUAGUGAUCGUGAUGAGAAUAAAUCAGAAACGCAAUCGCUUUGUGAUCGUAAAUCACCAUCAUCAUUAAUGAAUCCAACAGCAAUGGCAACAAUAAGCAAUUUUUAUAAAAAUAUCAAUGAUCCUAUUCUCAAUGAGCGUUCAAUCAAUAAUCAUACCCCGGUUCGACAUACACCAUCAAAAUUAAUCGAUAAUACGGAAGAAGCGUCUGAAUUGAUACGUCUGUACCAAGCUAUGAUUGGACAACAAAUCGAAGAAGGAUUACGUAAUCCACAAAAUUAUGACGAUAUUCGUAAUGUGAUUGCAUUACAUCAGGAACUAUCACGGCUCAACCCAUUCAUUGUUCAACAAUCAAAUCCAGAAAUGAUUGCACGUCUUUUCUCGUCUGGUAUAUUAAACGGAGCAAAUUAUCUGAAUGGUCUUCCAUUAGCACUGGAUCCGACAUUACAAUCAAGUGGCAAUCAGUUUUCCGACAAUCCAAUUCGUAAAUUAUCACCAAUCGAUUCACCACAACAGCAACGUGAAUCUAGUGCCCAUCAGGAAUCACCACGCAUCAAAAUCGACAAUCUUUUGGGUCAAAUGAAAACAGAUUCUGCAUCACCAUCACAUAAUGGCAAUAGUUCAUCAACUGGCCAUCCUUGUCCGCUCAAUUCAGCAUCAACAAAUGCUGUUUUCAACAAUGCAAAUGAUUCGCCAGACGAUUUGGCUGCAUCUCCAUUGCAACGGAUUCAAUCAAUAACAAAUUCAUUACUCUCCCAAUCAUCAUUACCAUCAUUGCCCAGUCAACCUCCACGGCCAGCCAAAGCCGUAUUACCACCGAUAACUCAACAACAAUUUGAUCAAUAUAAUAAUCUCAACACGGAAGAUAUUGUUAAACGUGUCAAAGAACAAUUGAGCCAAUAUUCAAUUAGCCAACGAUUAUUUGGUGAAAGUGUUUUAGGUCUUUCACAAGGUUCAGUGUCGGAUUUACUAGCUCGACCGAAACCAUGGCAUAUGUUGACACAAAAAGGACGGGAACCAUUUAUACGAAUGAAAAUGUUCUUGGAAGAUGAUAAUGCCAUACAUAAAUUGGUGGCUAGCCAAUAUAAAAUUGCUCCAGAAAAACUCAUGAGAACUGGCAAUUUUGUUAGUGGACCGGGAAUUCCACCUACCGCAAUACCGGGUAUGAAUCAAACUGCAGUCAUUGCGCCACCCACACCACAAUUACCUGAUUCACCACAAUCAUUGCCGCAAUUGAAUGUUUUGCCAACAUCAACUGUUUCGACAACUAAAAAUUCAUCGAAUUCAAUCAAAGGUUCAAAUGCUCCAGAUUUACCUAUAAAAUAUGAACAAUCAUUGAGUCCAAGCAGUGUAGAUAAUAGCAUACGAUCAAAUACAUCAAGUCCGGAUCUUGCUUCAUCCAUUACGACUGUUCCAUCACCAACACCAGUUACAUCAUCACCAUCGUUAUCAAUGCGAUCUCGAUUAUCUGCAGCCUAUAACAUGAGCAAUAAUCUGUUAAGACCUGUAAUGAAUCAACCACCGAAUAAUUAUAUGCAGCCAUCAGUCUAUGAAUUAGCAGCAUUAACAUCUGAUUUAGAUACACAAAACAUUACAACACGAAUCAAGGAAACUUUAAUGGCUCAUAACAUCGGGCAAAAGAUUUUUGGUGAAGUCGUUCUUGGAUUAUCACAAGGUUCAGUCAGUGAAUUAUUGUCCAAACCGAAACCAUGGCAUAUGUUAAGCAUCAAAGGUCGUGAACCAUUCAUUCGAAUGCAAUUAUGGCUGAAUGAUACGAAUAAUAUUGAUAAAUUACAAACGUUAAAAAAUGAACGACGAGAAGCGAAUAAAAGACGCCGUACUCACCUGGAUGAAAGCCUUCCGAAUUUUAAACCAUUCGACAAUCAAUUAUUAAAUCAAUUUCCCAAUUUUGGUCAGCUUAAUUCUUUGAGUAAAAAUAUGAUGGCUUCGCCUGGUGCUACCGGCACAGGAUUCGGUCUUUCUCCGUUGACCACUGGACAACCAGUUGUGAAAAAAGCUCGAAUUCUAUUCACUGAAGAGCAAAAAGAAGCACUUCGUGUAGCCUUUUCGAUGGAUCCAUAUCCCAGUUCAGCGACUGCAGAAUUUCUUGCCAAAGAAUUGAAUUUAUCUAUUCGUACAAUAACCAAUUGGUUUCAUAAUCAUCGUAUGCGGCUAAAACAGAUAAAUAGUUCGGCCAGCAGUAGUAACGAUCAAGAUUCAAGUAAUCCAGCUACAGCGGCCGGUUAUAAUAUUGGUCGUGAUAACGUACUUUUCGAUCAAAAUAAAUUUCGUCAGUUAUUAUCGCAUAGGUUGUCCGAUAUAAAACAACGUUCAAACAAUCUUAGUAACAAUAGCAAUCAUGGUAACAAUAUAAACGAUAAUUCCAAUCAAUUUGGUUCUUCUGCCAUAUUCCCUUCAUCGCAGAAUUCACCACCAUCAAAUCAUCGAAUGAAAUAUUCACCAUCAAUGUUUCAGACACAGUCAAUCUAUUCGAAUAAUACGAACAGUUGUUCAUCGCCUGGAUCAAGUUCAUCGUUCCAUGAAGAAGAAGAUCUUGGAACAUUAGAUCUAAGUAUGUCUAGUCAUCACGGUCAUGUUAAUCCGAAUCAAUUUCGUUCUCAUCAAUCACCAGAUAAAUUAGAUAGUACUGGUCGCAGUUCGAUGCAUGAUGAUUCAGAUGAUGGUUGUCGUGAUACAGGAGAUGAUGAUGAUAACGAUGAUGUCCCAUUGGCCGGCAAUACCGAUGCAAUUUCUACCGCAAACAAUCAACAACAAUCGAAACAACAACGAUCAACAUCCAAACAUCAUCAUCGUUCAGGUAGUAGUAGACGAAAACCACAGAAUGUAAUGAGUUCAAGUUCACGACGAAAAGCGGCACAGCCACAACAAUGGGUCGCACCGGUAAAUCCAUCCACAUUGAUUGCCGAUGAUGAUUAUAUUGAUGAUGAAUUUGUCGAUGAUGAUGAUUUUACAACCGGUGACAAGCAACUUUCAUCAAACAAUAAUAAUAAUAAUCAAGAUCUUAAUAAUGGUGCUACUUAUGACAAUCAAGAUGAUGAUGAUGGUUAUAUGGUCGAUAAACCAAAUGAUGAUCAACAAAUCGAUGAUGAUGAUGAUGAUGAAGAUCUACAAAAAACUGAUAACGAAGAAUAUGAAGACGACGAAGAUGACGAUAGCCCAAGUUUUAAAAAACAUAAAUCUUCCCAUUCAUCUAAUCAAUUAUCAUCACAAUCAUCAUCAACGGCCAUAUCAAAAUCAAAUAUUAUACAACAAGAAUGUGUUCAGUAAUCUAUCAUCAUCAUCCAUCAUUAUCAUCAUAAUAAUAAAAUUUGUAUCGAUAUCGAUUUCACAAACCU